AUAAAUACCACCUUAUUCUCCUUUUCCCAUCUCGUAUUCUAUAUACAAUAAUAAUACCUUAGCUUUAACUUAUUCCCAUUUCCUCUACUUUUUUAGCCAUUAAUGGCGCUUCAAGCAUCAUCUCUCCCAACAACAACACUCUCUUUACACAAAGAGGGAAAAUUGAGUGCAAGGGCUAAGGACUCAGCAUUCUGGGGGGUUUCUAUUCCGGACCAGAAUAAGUCCCCAUUUUAUUUUGCGAAAGCAAAGAAAUUGAGCACAGCAUUUGCAGUAAAAUCUCAGACAGCAGCGACAACAACAACUACAACCACCGGCGCUGCACCGGGGGAGAGCAAAUCCGCCGCGGAGGGCAAAAAGGUGCUCCGCAAGGGCGUCGUCAUCGUCACGGGAGCCUCCUCGGGCUUGGGCCUGGCGACAGCCAAGGCCCUGGCGGAGACCGGGCGGUGGCACGUGGUGAUGGCGUGCCGCGACUUUCUGAAGGCCGAGACGGCGGCCCGGGCGGCCGGGAUGGCCCGGGGGAGCUACACCGUUGUGCACCUCGACCUCGCGUCGCUCGACAGCAUCCGCCAGUUCGUUGACAGCUUCCGCCGGAUGGGGAUGCCGCUCGACGUGUUGGUCUGCAAUGCCGCGAUAUACCGGCCGACUGCACGCCAGCCGACGUUCACCGCCGAUGGCUAUGAGAUGAGUGUUGGUGUCAACCACCUGGGACACUUUCUGCUUGCAAGGUUGCUGCUGGAGGAUCUGAACAAGUCUGAUUAUCCCUCCAGAAGACUCAUCAUUCUUGGAUCAAUCACAGGAAAUACAAACACAUUGGCCGGAAACGUGCCGCCGAAGGCAGGGCUGGGCGACCUGCGUGGCCUGGCGGCGGGGCUCAGUGGCCAGGGGGCCUCCGUUGGCUCCGCGAUGAUCGACGGCGGCCAGUUCGACGGUGCGAAGGCAUAUAAGGACAGCAAGGUGUGCAACAUGCUGACGAUGCAGGAGUUCCACCGCCGGUACCACGAGGAGACCGGUAUCACCUUCGCGUCGCUCUACCCCGGCUGCAUUGCCACCACCGGGCUCUUCCGUGAGCACAUCCCGUUGUUUCGGCUCCUGUUCCCGCCGUUCCAGAAGUUCGUCACGAAAGGGUUCGUCUCCGAAGAAGAAUCCGGAAAGAGGCUCGCACAGGUGGUGAGCGACCCGAGCCUGACGAAGUCGGGCGUGUACUGGAGCUGGAACAAGGACUCGGCGUCAUUCGAGAACCAACUCUCCAAAGAAGCGAGCGACCCCGAGAAGGCGCGGAAAGUGUGGGAGCUAAGUGAGAAGCUGGUGGGUUUGGCUUGACCAAAACUGGGGGAGAAACAACCCUUGCUAUUGACUUAGAUCUUGAUUCAGGGAACCCCUGCAUUGUGUUAUCUUUAAUUAGGGCUUCAUUUUGUCCACCAUUGCAUUUGCUGAUGAUCAGUAGAGGCUGUUUUGUACAAGUUUGAAUCAGGAGUAAUAAGAUUGCAGGCUUUCCUUUUUAUUCAUAA